UUUUUGAAGAACUGGAAGCACAGUUCACAGAAUACGCCAUGAAAGUUUCUUUUCUGGAGAUUCAUAAUGAGGAAAUAAUAGAUCUUCUGGCUCCAGAUGAGUGGGAAUUCACAAAUUAUAAGUUGAAGAAACCGAUAGCUCUCGUGGAAGAUGGAAAAGGAAGCAUUAUUGUUAGAGGAAUGGAAGAGAAGUUAGUUCGUUCUGCUGAUGAAAUAUACAAGAUAAUGGAUAGAGCUAGUGCAAGACGGAACGCCAUUGAAACUCUACUAAACCAGCAAAGCAAUCGUUCUCACUCCAUAUUUUCAAUCACAGUUCAUAUAAAAGAGUUUACUCGAGAGGGAGAAGAAGUGAUCAAAACUGGAAAGCUCAAUCUUGUGGAUUUAGCUGGUUCAGUGAAUGUUUUGAGAUCAGGUUCUGUAGAGGGUGUGGCAGAAACUGAGAAAUGUACCUUGGGGUUAUGCUAUGCAGGGCAGAUCAAGGGAAGCUGGAGGGAUAAAUAA